AUAGAAUCAAAAGCAGAGCGAAAAAAUAUGCUUCGUAGCUGUCAAAAGGAGCAAAGAGACUGCGCCCCCAGUUGGUUCCGACAACACUUUUUUGAUUCAUAUUCUCUCAUGGAGAGGAAGCUUUUUACAGGACACAUAAAUGAGACAAUGCUUCAUUUUUUUUGAUCAAGGUGUUAGACCCUUAGACUAUCAGAGAUCUAUCUUCUGAUAAUUUUUUUUGAUUCAGAACCAAAGCGCAUUAAGUAACUAGGAUAAUAAAGCAGAAGGUAGGAUAAUCAAGCAGAAAUACGAUUCUAGUUGUCGAAGCUUACAAAAUGCCUGCUCCGGAUUGCAACAAGCGUUCGAGGACGACAGCGGGUCUUUCCUCAGAUGACGACGGAGGUUUGCCGCUCAGUGAGAAGAUUCGAAAGGACAUGGUGAAUGACAUGACCAGGGUAAUGAAUCGGUACGCCGAUGCAGUCAAGCUGGAGGCUGGAAACGGCAACACCAACGCGGCGCUGGUCAAGGUACAGGGAGAGCUUCUAGCUUCACAGCGGGAACAGAUGCAGCUGAAGCAGAAGAUUGAAAAGUACGAAAGUAACUACUUGGAUACUUCGGGACUAAGUGAGCAGACCAUUCGAAGCAGCAUUGUUUGGGAGAAGACCGAAGGGCUGUCGGAGACCGAGGUGAGCGUCAUUGUCUCUGCUGUCCUGAAGUCGCUCCAGGCCUACACUCGUGCUGGACAUUCGGAGCUCGAUACUAUUCCGCAGACGUUUCUCAAUUUGAAUGAAAUACAGGAAAAGUAUGUAAUGUUUUGCGGAUUCGGAUUAAGUAUGCGCUUGCCCGGAGGCUGGUCUAACCGCAUCAAUUUUCUGUUUUCGUCGAAAAACAAUUUUCGUAUCACAGUUUUCAAAGCGUGGUAAGCGAAAGCGAAAUAAAGUUGUGCGUCAUCAAUUUUUUUGUUAAAUGCCUUGCUUUUUGUUUUUGCUAAACUUGAACAAAAAUGGUCAAACUGAAACUUUAUCAGCCUAGUCGCAAUCGCCCGCUGCUCUGGGAACGUUGUGAACCCGCACCGUUUCUUUCUGGUCGGAGGCGUUCAAUACGUCACUGUGAAAUCCGCAAAAGAUAAAAAGUGAUCAUGCGAAUGAGGAAGAAGACGCUGGAGAGGAUCAGUAACACAAAGUUACUUUUCG